AUGGACAGCGACAAUUCUCAAAAUGGUGAGAAGAAUAUCUCUUUCAAAAACAACGAGAGUUCCAUGCAACCACUCUCUCAUGUUCCUACGUCGGUGACUCUGUCAGCGGAGCAAUUUGAGAGACUGUAUUUGACUCCCAUGACGCGUCGUCAACCACCACUAACAAAGCAACUCGGCAAUCCAACACCUCUAGCACUCGGAGGUUUUGUUAUCACUACCACGCCUCUUUCAUGCUGCUUGAUGGCCUGGAGAGGAGCAAGCGGAAAUGGCAUUGCCUUCAUUGGUCCGAUCGUCUUUCUUGGUGGUUUGCUACUUCUAAUUACCAGUAUUCUUGAGUUUAUUCUUGGAAACACAUUCCCAUGUGUCGUGUUUGGUACUAUCGGGGGCUUUUGGUUCGCUUUCGCCGCUACUAUGAUUCCAUCGUUCAAUGCUGCUGCGCCCUACUCUGCAUCCGCCACUGAUACGGCUGCUGGCCUUGCGAGUGCAGGAUUUAUGAAUACAUAUGCGUUUUUAUUCAUAACAAUGGCUGUUUUGAUGCUGAUUUUUAUGAUAUGCGCAACCCGCACAAACAUGGUCUAUACCCUCAUAUUUCUCUCGCUUCUUUUGGUUUUUCUUUUGCUUUCUGGAGCAUACUGGGAUCUUGGUGGUGGAAAUGCCGUGGUUGGGGAACGAUGCGUUAAGGGGGCCGGAGCUGCACUGUUCGUGGCUAGUUUGCUAGGCUUCUAUCUACUCAUCGUUCAACUUUUUGAGGCUUUGGAAUUUCCAUUUCAUCUUCCGGUUGGAGAUCUGGCAGUUAUGUGGAAGCGAAAGCAAUAUAAGUAA